UACCUUUAUAAUUAUGUUUUCUCUCUUCCAUUCAAAUUCGACAUUACAAAUCCUAAACCUGAUAAUUCAAAUCUCAAUUGUCCAAUGAAAAAUUUCUCAUAAUCUAUGUUUUCAAUAAUAUCAUCAAGUUCGUCCUCCACAAUUAUAAUAUCAACAAUAUUGUUAAAUUUAUCCUCAACAAUCAUAAUAGUUAAAUUAAUUUUAUGCAAAACAGAGUGUAAUAAGCUCAAGAAAUGGGUGCACAAUGACCCAACUAAAAUGAAUCACUUCUCUCAUCUAUCUUAAGUAUACAUGUCUUUUAACUUAAUUGAGACUAUUCAGUUAAAAAAAAUUAAAAUAUACCUUUGCUCCAUUUUUUAGUUAGAAAAUCUUCUGAGUGAGUCAGAGUCUCAGCUCUUAUCAGGAGUAACAUUUUAAUUAUAAGGUGUAAUUAAUUUAUUUUGAUGUCUGUUUCUUUUUGUUUUCAACAUAUUAAAAGUAAAAAACAGUAUAUAUCAUGGUGUAAUGAAGUGGCCUCAUCGUAUUAACAAAGGGGCAGUGACUCUUUCCUCAACCUCAACUGUGUGUCAGUGCGAUGGACAGUGACACUGACACAGAUUUGGAUACAUGGCAAGACGCAACAAUGGUAUUGUUGGCUUCCAUAUACAACAAUGAUUGUCAGCCACACAGCAUUCCCAUUGUUCCGGAGGAACUUGGGAAAUGGAGCGAGAAGGAGUACGAGCCAAAGGUGGUGUCGAUCGGGCCCCGGUUCAAGGGAAGAAAGGAACUUCUACCAAUGGAAGACAUCAAGUUGCGUUGCUUGGUGCACCUUUUUAAGAGAACAGGAAGCAUUUCUCACCAAUGGAAGGCAAUUCUAAAUUGCUGUAUGAGACGCAUCUUGACGUUAGACGCAACUGUUCGCACUAGCUAUGGGGAACAAAUCGAUUUGGACAACUACGGUCUAGCCACCAUUAUGUUACACGACGCUUGCUUUCUCUUAGAGCUUUUCAUUUCUCAAUCAGUGGAAUGAAAUUCAAGGCUACAACCCAACACGGACACACUCCCUCCUAGCCCAGCAGCUCAACUCGGGAAUAUCGAACUCAUCUUGAGCGAUCUCACCUUAUUAGAAAACCAGAUACCCUUUUUUGUUCUUUUUAACGUCUUCGGUAUGUUUUUUCCCCGUCUCGUUCCUGAUGACAAACCGUUUCGCUCCAAGAUUUACAUUAGUAUUACACAAGAUUUGGCGCUCUCUCUUUUGGGCUACUCUCGUGAUUCAAGUUCUACCUCUAUUCCCGAUCCCAUUGAUGCCUCUCACAUUCUUCAACUUGUUCACUCCUUCAUUCUCAAUCCCCAAAGCCACCAUGGUUCAUGUGUUAUUGAUAUUGAAGUUAAUGUUAAUAAACAAAUAGAACCCAAAUUUUGUGCCACUAGGCUCUUAGCCGCCGCUGGGGUUACUAUAGUCAAAACUGAAGACAAUUCUAUUAUUCCAAAAUUCAGCAGCAGGAAUGGGGUGCUAGAAGUUCCUCCCUUGCAUAUCACUCAAACCAUGGAAGCAACGUGGCGAAAUUUUAUUGCUUGGGAGCUUCACACUACCAGGUGGAAAAAAAGUGUUGGAAGAGAUUUGUUCACUGUUCGGGCGUUGCUCUACAAUGAUUUGAUAUGCUGUGCAAGCGACGUUCAACUGCUUAAAAACAAGGGAAUCAUCGUAGAUGAGUUGGGUAUGAGUAAUCACCAUCUCAUGGAUCUUCUUCGUUCCAUCACAAAUGGAGUUGACCGUGCUCUUGUUGAUUCAACUUACUGGAACAUGAUUCAUGCCCUCAAUACCUAUAAUGCAACAAAUUGUGUCAUAGGCUUUCCCAUAAUUGUGUGGCAUUAUUUGAGCCGAUUUUCAGAAUGGCUUUACGGUCUGAACAAGUUUUUAAGGCGCGGUUACAACUUUGCUGCUGCGUUGAUAACUCUUCUCACUGCCAUCCAGACUUGUUAUGCAAUACUCAGCUAUCAUUAUCCAAAGAAGAAUUAGUUUUUCUUUAUCCAAUUUAUGUUAUUUAAAUGAUUUUCCAUUGCUUUCAGAAUAUUUACUUGCAUUGUAUUAAUUUCUACAAGGCAAACUUACCUUCUUUGUUUGAGUUUU